AGAAACAAAAUCAUGAAGAUUUUUUUAUUGAUUAUUUCAUGCGCUUUCCUUUACAAAAGUAACAACGUCGAAUGUGUUAAUUUCGUUGAUUUUAUGACGGAGAAAGUGAAUCAACUCGGAAAUUCAAUAACAGGUGCAUUUAAAAGUUUGAAGAACAAGUUCAAAGUAUUUAUGUUUCCUGAAUUAAAAGAACAGUUGAUAGAUACAAAUAUCAUAGAAAUUAAGUCUAAAACUAAAAAAGCGUUUUGUGACUUUGUGGAGGAAGAGUCUGCACAAAGAGAAACCGAAUCUCCAGAAUACGUUAGCUUAAGAUCUGAACCGACAGCAUUGAUGUCUACGGCACAAUUAGCUACACUGCAUGGAAAAAGAGUUGAAUCGCAUGUAGUUCUUACAAAAGAUGGUUAUCUUCUAACAUUACAUCGCCUAAGGAAUUCAUUUGAAGAAGGUAAUAAGAUUGGAAAUUUUACUGUUUUACUACACCACGGUUUACUUGGUAGUUCAGCUGAUUGGAUUUUACUUGGACCCGAAAAUUCCCUUCCUUACAUUCUAUCGAGCGGAGGAUGCGAUGUAUGGCUAGCAAACGCCAGAGGGAAUUAUUACUCAAGAGGACAUGUGUCGAGUAAUGUUGAUUCAUUAGAAUUUUGGGAUUUUUCAUUUCAUGAAAUGGGUCAAUUUGAUUUACCGGCUGUCGUUGAAUAUAUAAAAAAAGUUAAAAAUUCUGACGAAAAAAUUAAUUUUAUCGGACACUCUAUGGGGGCAACGGCCUUCUUAGUAAUGUUAUCAACAUAUCCAGAUUACAACAAAUAUUUCAGAAUAGCAAUAUUUCUCGCUCCUUUAGCGUACAUGUCGAAUUCUGGAGGUCCCUUAAAGAUUCUUACUCAAAUGGCGAAAAGUCCACCUGAACAGUUGAUAAAAUUACUUGGCGAGGGUGAAUUCGUUCCUAAUAGAAAAAUUCCAAUUUGGAUAGCGAAUAAAUAUUGUAGCGGUCCUGAUAUGUACUGUGUUAAUCCAUUACUGUUCCUGAGUGGUAGUAUUCCAGAAGAACAUAAAUGGAACAAAAGUUUACGUGCAAGAAUUCUUUAUCAUAUACCGGCUGGAGGAUCAACAAAAACAAUAUUACACUUCGCUCAAAUGGUAAAUAGUGAAAAAUUUCAUAAAUACAACCAUGAAAAUGAAGAAUAUCCUUUGCGUCUUGUAACCGUGCCGAUUGUUAUGUUUAGUUCUAACGGGGAUUUGAUCGCUACAAUAUCUGAUGUUUUGAGACUAUAUUUUAGUAUAUCUAGCCCCAUCGAUCACUACGUAAUUCGUGAUAAAAAUCUCUCACAUGUAGAUUUCCUUUGGAACCCUCAUGCCAAGGUUCUUGUGUAUGAAAAAGUUAUUGAUUUUUUAAGUAAUGGGUUAAAUUUAAAUGCAUCUAAGGCUAACGAAAUAAUGUGGUGA